AUGCGUCUCUUCUCUGUUGGACUGGCGCUGUGCCUGUGCGCAUCUCUGGCUGUGAGCGCACAGGACGAGGAGGUCCUGGACUUUAUCCGAGAGGACGGGACUGAGACUGGAGCCGAAGCAUCAGCCGAGUUCCUCAGGUCCAACAAGGCUUCCUGGCGCAUGCCGGGUCAGUAUGUGGUGGUCCUGCGUGAGGGGAGCCGAGAGGCGCACGUACAGAGGACCAUCCGGAGGCUGAGAGCCAAAGCGACCCGCAGUGGAGCCCUGGCGGAGAUCCAGCACACAUACUCUGGAGCGCUGCACGGCUUUCUGGUCCAUAUGAGCAGCGACCUGCUUCCCAUGGCAGUGAAGCUCCCCCACGUCCAUUACAUAGAGGAGGACUCGUCCAUCUUUGCUCAGAGCGCCCCCUGGCAUCUACAAAAAAUACUGCAACCUUAUGGAGGCCCCUCUGAGAAUGGGACAUACAGACCUCCAAAUGACGGUGGCCGGGCACAGGUCUAUCUGAUGGACGGCAGUGUGGACACCUCCCACAGAGAGAUCCAGGGCCGGGUCCUGGUCACAGACUUCAACCACGUCCCAGAAGAGGAUGGGGCUAGAGUCCACAGACAGGCCAGCCAGUGCGACAGUCAUGGGACACAUGUGGCAGGGGUCGUGGGGGGGGUGGACUCCGGAGUGGCCCGUGGAGCUGCAGUGAACUUGGUGCGAGUGCUCAACUGUCAGGGCAAAGGCACGGUGUCAGGGGCUCUUGCAGGUCUGGAGUACAUCCGGGCCUCUCUGAUGGCUCGGCCGCUGGAUGCUGUGGUGGUCCUUCUUCCUUUUGUUGCGGGCUUCAGCCGCUCGUUGAACGCAGUGUGCAGAGAGAUGGUGUCCAGCGGAGCGGUGCUCAUCGCUGCAGCUGGAAACUACAGGGAGGACGCCUGUCUCUACUCUCCGGCUUCAGAGCCAGAGGUGAUCACGGUGGGGGCGGUGAACUCCGUGGACCAGCUCAUGUCGCAGGGAGCAGGGGGCUCUAACUUCGGCCCCUGUGUGGACCUGUUUGCUCCGGGCGACGACAUCGUUAGCGCUAGCAGUGACUGUAGCACGUGCUUCUCCUCUCGCAGCGGGACGUCCCAGGCUGCAGCUCAUGUCGCAGGUAUAGCGGCGGUGAUCCUGUCGGCCAAUCAGAAGGCCUCUCCUGUGCAGCUGCUCCACAGUGUUCUCCACUUUUCCGUCAGUAACAGAAUCAGUCUCUUCUCCGUCCCGGACCCCCUGAGACUGCCCACCCCCAACCUGAUCACAGCCAUGCCUCCUGGGACAGCGGCCGCACAUGCCGAGCUGCUCUGCCGGUCAGUGUGGUCCGAGAGGUCAGGGGUCAGAGCUGUCAGUCGCUGUCGUCACGGAGAGGAGAUGAUGGGCUGCAGCAGCUAUUCACCAGACGGCGGCCAUUUUGGAGAAACAAUUGAUAAGAGCAGUGGUCAGAUGGAGUGCGUUGCUCACAGUGGUGCGGCAGGAGAGGGCGUGUUCGCCGUGGCCCGGUGCUGCGUGAUCGACGGACUUCAGUGUCACAUUCACAGCGGCGUGAAACCAGGACAGGACGCAGAGUGUGAGGGGCAGGAGAGCCGUCUGACCGGCUGCACGUCCCGCUCCUCUGCUCUGGUCUCUGGCUCUCGUCCUCACACGGAGCACAGACGCUGCUCGGCCCCUGAGGGUGGCGCGGCCUCCGCCCUCUGCUGUCGCGCCUCAGAUCUGGAGUGUCAGGUCCUGCAGCAGACGACAGCAGCAGCAGCAGCAGGAGCAGCAGCAGGACAGGUGGAGGCGUCGUGCCCGGCUGGAUGGACUUUGACAGAUUGUAAUGCCGUUUCCCGUGGCUCCAUCUUGGGCGCAGUUUCCAAGGAGGGCGUUGCCAGCACCCCUGUCCCACACGCAGUGAGUUCAAAACACCUACAAUCCUUUGUCACAACACGUUACUAA